UCGGCCGGCCCCCCGGGUCUCAGCAAGCCCUGACCGAGCGAAGUUCAGCCAGCGUUUGUACUGGCCGCGAGCGGUGUUACGGCCUCGCUCCAGUUCCGCUCCUGGGAGCCGAGCCGCCCCGGCAAUGGCAGGCCGCAAGGCGCUCAUCGUGCUGGCGCACCCCGAGAAAACCUCUUUCAACCACGCCAUGGCAGCAGCAGCCAGCAGCGCGCUGCGUAACAAGGGCUGGGAAGUCACCAUCUCAGACCUCUAUGCCAUCGGGUUCAAUGCCGUGCUCUCACGGCGCGACAUCACCGGGCCCCCCAAGAACCCCGAGCACUUUGUCUACGAGAUGGAGAUGGGGCAUGCAUGGAAGGAGGGACGCCUCAGCAGCGACAUCGUCACCGAGCAGAAGAAGAUUGAAGCGGCCGACCUGGUCAUCUUCCAGUUCCCACUGCAGUGGUUUGGGAUGCCAGCCAUCCUCAAGGGCUGGUUCGACCGCGUUUUCGUCGACGGCUUCGCCUAUUCCUUGGCCAGCAUGUACGACCAGGGGCCCUUCCAGAAGAAAAAAGCCAUGCUGUCACUCACCACCGGCGGGAUGGGGUCCAUGUACAGCCCCAGCGGCAUCAACGGCGACAUGAACGUGCUGCUGUGGCCCAUGCAGCGGGGGACUCUGCACUUCUGCGGCUUCCAGGUUCUGGCGCCCCAGAUUUUCUACAGCGUGCGCUACGCGAGUCCUGAGGCGCGGGCACAGAUGCUGAGUGCAUGGAAGAGCCGCCUGGCAGCCGUGGAGCAGGAGAAGCCCCUCAGCUUCGUCCCCAAUAGCUGCUUCGAGAUGAGCCUGGCCGGCGGCUUCGUUCUGAAGCGCGAGGUGCUGGCGCAGCAGGAGGGGCAGCAGCACGGCCUGUCGGUGGGGCAGCAUCUGGGCAAGGCUGUGCCCCUCAACGAGCAGCUCCAGGCCCAGAAGUAGCAGCCAGGGCCUGCGCCCACACUGAGACCCAGGCCUGGCCUCACAGCACCGCAGCAGGGGGCCGCAAGGGCAGCCCCCACACUUGCAUGCACUUGUUUUUCUGUGUUCUCUUUCCUGACAUUUUUCUGUGCAAUUUUAUUCAAAAUCAAGGCUUCGGGGCACAAGGGAAGGGCUUGUGGUUGAGGCUUGCGUGAAUGCAACGAUAAAUUGAGGUCCAGAACCUG